AUGGCUAUCGAUUUUCAAUCAGUCGUCCCGAUCCUCCGGAUCUUCGACAUCACCAAGGCAAACGAAUUCUAUUUAGAAUACCUUGGCUUCAAAAUUGAUUGGGAUCAUCGAUUUGAUGACAACGCACCGCUGUAUCGGCAGAUUUCUAGAGGAAACCUGAUCCUUCACCUUAGUGAGCAUCACGGGGAUGGCAGUCCAGGUGUACAAAUCCGGGUAAUGAUGAGUGGAAUGGCGGAGUAUCAUCGUGAGCUUAGUGCCAAAAAUUAUCGAUAUAUGAGGCCAGGGAUUGAAGAGGGUCCAGGGGCGGGGGCGCAGGAGAUGAGCGUCAUCGACCCAUUUGGGAACCAGAUAAGGUUCUGCCAGGACUAG